AUGGAACUCGUUCUCGACGCGUUUGACGCGUCGGCCUCUAGUCUCAAGGCCCAAUACGAACGGCUGCUGCAGUUGGGGGAGGAUGGCGAGGAGCGUGACGUCAAGGUGGAUGCCCUCCGUGCAUUGCAUGAUUCUUUUUUGUCGCAUACAGAGACAGUGAGCCGCGAGUUGGAUGUUCUUCAGGCCGACGAGGAGCGAGAGGCUGACGACAUUGAAGAAGAAGUGGCGGAGCUGGAGGCGGGGCUGCUGAUGCUCACACAAAUGGCAGAAGGCCGUGACGCCAGCGGCCACUCGCUUCCUGCCCCGACGCAUGCCUCCGUGGAGGCGUACGCGACCUUUGCAACGCGCCUGGGUGACUUUGUGGCGAGGCUGACGGCCUUGCAAGGGGCCCUGCAAGGUCUCCUCUCGCAUCCCCGUCCGUUGGAGGGAGGCGUUACGCCUCUUCUCACAUGGUGUGGUGUCGUGAGCGGGAAUACGUGGGCGGAGAAGGAGCGUGAACUUGGCGCAGCUUGGGCGACGUUGGAGCGCGAGGCUGGGGAAGUCGGCGCGACGUUGCAGGACACUUCCAUGACUGCUGCGCGGGGCCUCCUUGACGGGGUGGUGGCUUUAGGAAGGCGUGCCGUCGGCUGUGCGGUGGAGCUGCAGCGGUCUCAGGAAAGGCGGGAUGCGGCGUUGAGGCAGAUGGAGGGGCAACAGCGUCGUCUCGUUGUCUGGUGCCGCCAGCAGGAGGUAAACCUUGAUGCCCUGCGUGAUCCGGACCACGUUCAAGAGUUCUGCGCAUCGCUGCUGGAGCACUACAAAACGAUGUCGACUAACCAUAGUCUUUUCCUGGAGUCGGCGGAACCCUUUUUGGAUAGCGGGGUCGUACAGGAGAGACUGCUGGAGGCAAACGAGACUUGGCUGCAUCUGCAGGUGAAGGCUUUGGAGAAACUGCGACACACACUCUUUGAAGUGCAUGCACAGACUCUAUUAGAGGAAAAUGUGGAGGAGCACGGCAGUUUUAGUUUGCAGGUGGGCCCAUUUCUCAAAGAGCUGAAUGACUCUCUCCUGGCCACAGGUAACACGUCUUCCCCGCUGCAUGAGCGUUGUGCGCAGCUCACGGAGGCGUGUCGGUCGUUGCAAAAAUUGCUGCCAGAGCAUGACGAGCUAUGUAAAAGCCUUCUUAACUUUGGGGAUCGCAUGCGAAUGAUGCGGGAGGCGUACGCCUGUUUUCGGGCUGCAGCACUUUCCCGGGUGACGUAUUUGUCCUCCUCCUCCGAGGUUUUGGCGGAGGCGGCGCGCCGCAAGGAUGAGUUUGAAGGCUGCGUAGAAGAACUUAAACAGUGGGCGGAUAAUAAGGCGAGAAGCGAUACCUGGCGCGACGUCCGGGAGAAGGUGCGUGGCAUUAAGGCACUUUUGGAGCGAGAACAACAAUUCAUAGAUCAAGAGCGAAGGAACGAGGAAAAAAAGGGGGAGACGCAGAAAAAGAAGCAGUCGAGUGUAGUUUGA